AUGUUGUGGCACAGCUUACGUAGUGUAGUUAGGUUAAACGUAUUAGAGAGAUGUUAUUCGACUGCCAGCAGCAGCAACAAAGCAACAACACUUCAUCGUGCAGUGAUGGCCGCAGAAAUGGUGAAAUUUUUCGAACCCCAGCGCGAGCAGGUGUUCAUCGAUAUGACUUUCGGUGCCGGUGGUCACACACGAGCACUACUAGAAGCAGCACCCGGAUCGACGGUUAUCGCCCUGGACCGUGAUCCAUUGGCUUAUCGGCUGGCUUGUGAAAUGGCUGAUCAGUUUCCCGGCCGUAUCGUACCGUUGCUGGGUAGGUUUUCCGAACUUCCGGCACUCCUGCGCACAGUCGAAGGUUACGACCGGCAGCGCUACUUUAACGGUAUUCUGUUCGAUUUCGGUUGCUCAUCGAUGCAGUUCGAUGAAGCGUCCCGUGGAUUCUCGCUGUCACGCGAUGGUCCACUCGAUAUGCGCAUGGAUAGUGACCGUUAUCCGGAGCAACUGUCUGCGGCCGAUGUGCUGGCUCGCAUACAGGAACCGGAUCUGGUACGCAUCCUGAAGGUUUACGGUGAGGAAAAGCAGGCCAAAAAGAUUGCUCGAGCAAUUGUAAACGCACGCUUCACGGUGAAGCGUAUCGAAACGACGGCCGAACUAGCGAGCAUCGUGGCGCACUGCUUAAGUCAGCCGGAAUCCGGCCCAGCAAUCGAUUUCCGCCAGGAUAAACUACGCCGGCCAGCGCACGUAGCUACGAAAACAUUUCAAGCGCUGCGAAUCUUCGUCAACAACGAGCUGAACGAAAUUAAUUAUGGGAUGGUGCUGGCAAAACACUUACUACGGACCGGCGGAAAGCUGGUUACGAUCACGUUUCACUCGCUGGAGGAUACGAUUGUGAAGCGGCAUCUGACCGGGCACGUAGUGGAUGACGUUGCCAGCAAGGUUCCGUUGCAGUACAUAAGCCACACGCUGGCACACGAAACGGACACGAUGCAGGAGAUGAUGCGCCCGAACUGGAAGCAGAUCAAUAAGCAUGUGCUGGUGCCAACGGACACUGAAGUGGCUGAAAAUCCGAGAAGUCGUUCCGCGAAGUUAAGGGCCGCCGUACGAUUGAGUUAA